AUGCCUCCACCAAACACUCCCAAUGAGCCCUCGGGCGCGAGCUCGCCCAACUCGACCCGCCCAUCUCGAACCCAAGCAGAGCCUUCCCGCAUCUCGACGCGCCAGUUCUCAUCGUCAGAUUUUGUUCGCGACCUCGAGACCAUCUUGGCCGGUCCGGCCAGUCCCGCAGGCUCAACCUCGGGAUCAGCAACUCCCUCUGCGCAUGUCAAUCCGCUUUAUGAGAUGCAGCGACGAUUUCCCGACCUGCGCUGGCCACAGCUAGAGACCGAGGCGGAAUAUGAUACUUCCUGGUACUUGACUUCUUCGUACGGAGCUCUUCGACCCGUUGAGAGGACGAUCAGGGAGUCCUCCGAUGACGAGGCGGAUCCAGCGAGCAGUCCCACGGCAUACUCGCCUGAGAUAGAUUGGCAGGGUCUUGAGUACACCAGUCAGGUGGACGACAACCUGUUGUGCGGAAUUUGCAAGACCCCGUACUACAAACCUUUGACCACAAAAGCCUGUGGCCACACCUUCUGUGAAGAUUGUCUCUCCCGGGCCUUAGAGGAGUCAAGGAGCCGGUCUCGGCCUCGCGCACCUUGCCCUUUGUGCCGGACGGAGCUCAAUUCCGGUGGGGAGCGGGGUGCACGCAGGUUCAUCCGCGUUGUGGACAUGAGCGCCCAACUGGACCGACUGAACGUCAAAUGUCCAAACAACUCAGAGUUCUGCAAGUGGACCGGUCCACGGUCGAACGUCGAGGCACACGUCAACAACGACUGCGAGUGGACGCUCUAUCCCUGCCCAGACAGCAGCUGCGAAAAGACAAUCAUCCGCAAGAGCCUCGGCACCGCCUGUCUGCAUCACGAGGGACCGUGUGCAUACUGCAAGGAGAAUGUCGAUCUUUCUGCCGAGGUCCAACACCGUAUGACUGUUUGCGCCAAAUGGAAGGCGACAUGUGAGUUCUGUGGCCAAGAUGUCGCGAGAGACCUCCUCGAGCGCCACAUGGGCGCUUGUGCCGCUGAGGUGGCAACUUGCACAUACUCGAAACUUGGUUGCUCGUUCUCAUCUCCGCGCAAACAUCUCCUCGAUCAUGAGAAGACUUGCGACCUUGGUAAUUUCAGCAAGAUUAUACAGGGCGUAGAGUCAAAGUUCGAAACCAAGUUGGCCGACAUGGAAGCGUCCUUGACAACCCAGUUCGAGGAGAAGGUACAACUCCAGAAACGUCAAAUGGACACUAUGCUCCAGGGGAUGCAGCAGCAACUGAACGAAGAGGUAAAGAAGCGUGAACAGCUCGCCGAGAGACUGUCAAUGUUCGAGAGGGUCAACCGGAGGCUUUCGCGAUAUAGGGACCCAGCAGCCAGUGAGUCAGCGGCUGGCGAGGUCAUGGACGAAGCCGGCCGGCCCAUGCUGCCUCCCCCGGAGGGCACCGAUUUCGAGCAGGCCGAGUACGUCUUCCGCAUGUUCGACGACCUAGACACGCGCAUCAACAACAUCUCCAAGGCGCUGAUCGACCAGGACGCCCGGCAGAAUCUGAGGAUGAUGUCCGAGCUCAUGCCCGUCAAGGAGCAGCUGGUCGAGGCCCGCAGCCAGGUCGGCGUCAUGAGCAUGCACGUGCGCUGGCUGAUGGACCUGCAGCGGUCGCGCCAGAGGCAGACCACCGAGGUCGUGGGCAGCGUGGCAGGUGGCGGAGGCGGCGGCUCCUCCUCCGGCUCGUCUACCGCCAACGCCAACGCGCAGUCCAGCUCCGGGCGGGAGGCUUCGGGGAGCAAUGUCGGCCAUGACUUCCCACCACUAACGUCUGGCAUGAUGCCUGUGGGUCUUAUACGCCGCGGAAGUGAGCGUGUAAGCCCCGUGCGCCCGAGCUUGUGA